GGCGGAUCUGUCAACAAUGAAAAAUUCUAAAUUUCAUAAAAUUUUCGCAAAAAAUCGCCGCAUAUCAAUCUAAACCAAGAAUGAAAAGAACACGCAGUCAAAGAAACCAACAUUCGUCACCCCCUCACGUUGCAAGGAACACCACAACGCCUUUGAUACGAAAUCAAACGUUGUUUCGAAAUCAUAGCGAAAGUGUCGACAAUGCAAUAAUACGUAAUAAUAAUUUGCAAUUAUCAUUUGGUGAGGAUCAAAUUAACUCAGAAAGUCAGUUGUCUUUUGAGGCUUCCGGAGGCCAAUUCAGGCCGCAUUCAGUGGGCCUGAAUCAACAUCGAUCUGCUUGGCCUGCAGCAAUGAACGGGUUUGCAUUUGGUGGUCAGCAAUUCAUCUCCUGUCCAAGAUUUUUUCAGCAAAGUUUCCGCAGCGCGUUUAAUUAUUAUACGAGAUCCAAUUCGCAGAGAGUUCCAAGAACGACACGGCAAUUCCAGGAAACCCAGCGACAUUGGAAUGCCGGAUUCACGCAACAGCGGAAUCGUAUGCACACGAGUACAAUAUCGACCUCAGAGAUAAAUAAUACCGGUCCCAAAGCAAAUGGUUACUCGAAUAAAAGAAAAGAUUUCAUGCGUCGCAAAUGGCAAGCGUUGCCGGAGGCUGAACAAUGUCGUCCGAAUGAGUUUAGUUUCUCGUUGGUAACGUAUAAUAUGCUCUCUGAUUCAUUGUUGUAUGAAAAUAUGUACCUAUACCAGGAUUGCAAUAACGAUUAUUUGAGUUGGGGAUACCGAAAGGAGAAAUUAUUAGCUGAGUUGCUCGGUUAUGAGGCUGAAGUAAGUUUGUGUUUCGCAGGUUGUAUUGAUACUUUGAAAGUAGGCAUAGCUCUAUGAAACCUGCUGGAAAAAUGAUUAACGUUAGGGUCCCACGUCAAAAGACUGUAAGGGCAUUUGUCCUACUAAUACCGAGGGAUUUCUCCUGGUAUCCCAUUGGCUUUAAUUAUUAAACAUGCUUCCCAUCUAGAUUCUGUUGUGGCCAAUUUAAAAUCAAGUUUUGUGUUGUAGCAGUAUUUAUAGCAUAGAGUAUUAAUCUUGACAACAGCUGUAAUAUAUUACUUUUUCGAGUUUUCUCGUAUUAAACGUAAGCUAUCUGCUAUCCUGUUGACUAUCGCUGUUGCAGGAGAAAAUCAGAGUACAAAGAGAAACACUUCUAUGCUUCUAAUGCAUGAAGUGAGAAUACACACUUGCUAUUGACUGAUUGAUCAAUUCUAUUAUGUAGGUUAUGCAUCCAAUAUCAGCCCAAUUCUUUGUAUAUUAAAAUGUCUUCUAAAAUAUAGGAACUCCAUUUUCACUUUCAUACCUUUGAAAACUUGUCUAAUACAGCUUCUAAUUUUUUUCAUAAAAUUCAAGCUUACAAGGGUUAGGAAAUGCCUGAGCAUACGACGUUGUACCUCUUGACUGUAACGAAGUUGACGUACCUGUAUAUGAAAUAAAAAAUGUUUCGCGAGCGUUUCUCGAGUUUCCAAAGCACGCAAACUAGCGGACCUUUACUGUAAUAUCAUUUACUUUAUCAACAUCCUUCUAUUAAAUUUACAUUACAAACAAAUGUUUUUAAAAUUGGUAGAUUUUGUGUUUACAAGAAGUUGAUGCCAAUCAUUACGAAAAUUGGUUCCUGCCUAAACUGCACGAAGCAGGUAUUUCUCAACUACGAAGCAGAUAGUAAAAAUAUUGUUAGAUAGCAUAAAGUGUAGAAGUUUGAGUGUUCAUCUGCCUGUUUGGUUCGUACGUUCUGGUAACUGAAGAGACAGAAAAUAGUAUUUCUUAAUUAAGCAAGCGACGUUUUUGAUUCACGAACGCCGACCGGAAGUAAAUUAGCCUUUCUCACGCCGCCAUUUUUGGGGUACUGUAAUUUUUCGUAAACGAUUAUAACAAUGUGAAAAGCAAUAUUUCAGAACAAGCUAACUAUUUACAGAGUACAUUUACCAUCAUACACCCAUAAAAUUAUAAAAUGUCGCCGUUAUGUGGUGUUAUGCUCCGGCCCCAUCACAAUCUGCGAGUGUCUGGAUGCGACGGUGCCCUCGUGUUGUACCACAUGCGCUUGGUGAGAGAACGCUCAUGUGUAUAAAUACGAAUGUAUCAUGUACCUAGACGUGUACCAAGCUGCACUAACGAGGCGUAUGCCAUGGCAAAAGAGUACCCCAAAAAUGGCGGCGUGAGAAAGGCUAAUUGAUUAAAAUCACGAACGUGAAACUGCAUGGAUUGCCAUUCCUGAUUUCAAGCCAAAAACUGCUAACGUCAUUUAUGACGGGGCGAUUGACUUCCGGCCCAGACAUUAACCUCGUUACCAGGCUUGACCUGAAAGAGAUUAAACAUGAAGCCUCUUUCAGUUUUGGAUGGCAUGAAAGUAGUUAAUUAUAAAAGCAGUCGUGUUUUCCCAGUCCACUUUACCCAUCUGGUGAUAAACUGUAUUUUUGUUCGAAGCGUGGACGUGUCUUCGUAGUUCGGUUCAGCUAGGGCAGCUCAGCAGUAACUAUUGAAAAUAACUACUUGUAUCGCCCUGCACUUCAGCAGCUUGUUGACAUUAUAACCCCCCUUUUAUUUUGAUAGGAUAUAUGGGAUUGUUCGUCCAAAGAACUGGGGGAAAGCCCGAUGGAUGUGCGAUAUUUUAUCGACAUGCGAAGUUCACUUUGGUCAACCAUAAACUAGUGAGGUACUACACACCCAAGGUGCAGAUCUUAGACAAAGACAACGUCGGAAUCGUUUUACUUCUCAAAGCUAACACACCUGAUCAAGCGGAGAGCCCAUUCAUCUGUGUGGCGAACACUCAUUUGCUGUUCAACAAAAAACGAGGCGAUAUCAAACUCGCUCAACUUGCAUAUCUUUUCGCGGAGAUCAACGAACUUGCAGUGCUAUCGCAAGAUGACCAUGGCAAGACACAUUGCCCUGUUAUACUGUGUGGAGAUCUAAACAGCCUGCCCUAUAGUCCGCUGUAUCAUUUCUUGAUUAAUGGACAGUUAGACUACAGCGCCAGAAGCCCGGCUGUCAUAUCAGGACAGUUAGCGCCUUCUGAGGCCAGAAGAGGGCCAAGCUCAAGGCAGAUACGCACGCCGUUACUUCCGUCGGAGUUUGGUGUCACUGCCGACUGUCAGUGGCGGAAAGAGCAGGAAACCAAGUCUGAAGGCAGUUGUGCACACAUCCAGGACAGAGAUAUACAAGAUUCAGAGAGAGACACAGAACGACAAAGAAAGCCAGAAGAACGCAGUAACCCUUCAGAUCGAUGUAAAUCAAUGAGCUCGAUACAAGCUGAUCCAUAUAGGAACGAGACUCUUAAACACGUGGACUCAAACAUCUCUGAUUUCCGGCUAACCACCAAUACAAACCGAUAUGUUGAAACAAACGAGAUGAAAGGCUUAAAGAUACAUAGGGAUUCGAAAGAGCAACCCAAUCCUGGUCAAGAUGAAUGGAAUAAAGGGCUAGGUGAACGAGAGGUCAGAAUCCAACACACCUCCCAAAAGGAUGGUUUUAACAGGGACCGCAAGUCAGACAGAAAUACGGAGCCCAAUAGACACUCUGAAUGUAGUCGAGUUACUGGUUCUAAUAGAUACACUGAGCAACCCCAAAGACGGAGAGACCACAUGGGAAGCUGUUCACAAGGUAGUAGCACUAUUGACUUGACGCGGGAAUCGCCUAGCCCUAGCAACAGAGGUAGUAGUACUGUUGACUUGACGCGAGAAUCGCCUAGCCCUAGCAACAGAGGUAGUAGUACUGUUGACUUGACGCGGGAAUCACCUAGCCCUCGCAACAGAGUGGCUGAGCCAAGCAGAGACAGCAAAUCAAAUAGACUUGGGGAGAGUAAAUUUUUCAAAGACGCCAAGUCGAACCCAGAUUGGACAGUUGGCAAAUCGGAAAGGAACUCAGAAUUUAUUGAUUUGACAAGAGACACGGAAUCACCCAGGCCUCGCAACAGCAGAGCGCCCGAGGAGAACGGUACUGGCAUUUCUAAUAGAGAUCCAGAUCUCAAUAGAUCCAGCGAGUCAAGCGGACAUACCAGUAGAGCGGGGCAGCAGCACUCUCAUACAUCAUUACCUGCAGCUUCCUCCGAAAUGCAGACCGAAGAAACGAACUACAACAAAAAUGGGACCAUCUCCAUCCCCUGGCAAUUCAAAAGCGUCUACACUCACCGGUUUCGGGACGGAACUCCUGAAGUGACAACAUGUCAUUCAAAAGCAUGCUGUAAUGUGGAUUACAUAUUUUACACAGCUGGCAUUAGAGACAGGCGUGAUACAAAACACAGGGAGUACGUACAAACGGGACAACUAACGUUGCUUGGAAGAUUGGAGUUAAUGGGGAAAACAGAUUUUAACACCAUGAGGUUGCUGCCGAACCAUAUAUUUCCGUCAGAUCACCUGUCGCUUCAAGCGCGGUUUAAGUUGACAUGAGUACUUUUCAGUUCAAACAUGUGUAUAAUGGGAAAAUAUAUAUCUAUUUUUGGACGUUGCUUUGAAGAUUGGAGUUAAUGGGGAAAACAGAUUUUAACACCAUGAGGUUGCUGCCGAACCAUAUAUUUCCGUCAGAUCACCUGUCGCUUCAAGCGCGGUUCAAGUUGACAGAGUACUUUUCAGUUCAAACAUGUGUAUAAUGGGAAAAUAUAUAUCUAU